GUCCCUUUCUGCUCCUGACUCCCACAGGGAAGGCAAGCAGUCCAAAAACACAACUGAAUUUGAAAAUUUCCCAAAUGACAAAUUAACUCAAAUCACAAGGACAUUGGUAAAUCAACUACAACGAGCAAGAAGGGAUAUUUCAACAUAGGUGAAACAUGUCUUUAACUUUGCUUCUGCUAUGUGCAUGCAUCAGUGUCAUUUCCGGCACACCAGUGUUUUUUGGAGACAUGUCUGAUCAGGACAGCACAAUUAGUGUAAGCAUCCCUGUGGAACAGCCACUGCGGCCCCUUCUGGGGGGGAGUAUGGUUAUCCCCUGCUACUUCCAAGACAAUACUGUCCAUGACCCUGGAGCCCCGACCAUUGCCCCACUCGCCCACCGUAUCAAGUGGAGCUACAUAUACAAGGGCAAGAUAACCCUUAUUCUAGUUGCCACUGGAGGCAUGGUAAAGGCUGAAAGAGAUUACUUGGACCGGGUCCAUUUGGUAAAUUACCCCAUGGUGCCAUCCGAUGCCACCAUUGAGAUCUCAGAACUCCGUUCCAAUGACUCUGGCACCUACAGGUGUGAGAUCAUGCAAGGCAUUGAAGAUAACUAUGACUCGGUGGAAAUGCAAGUUCAAGGUAUUGUGUUCCACUACCGAGCAAUUUCUACCCGAUAUACCUUGACAUUCGAGGGAGCAAAGGCAGCCUGCAUCCAAAACAGUGCUGUUAUUGCAACUCCUGCUCAGCUACAAGCGGCCUAUGAUGAUGGAUUUCAUCAAUGCGAUGCUGGUUGGCUCUCAGAUCAAACUGUGAGGUAUCCUAUUCAUGAACCAAGAGAGCCUUGUUAUGGUGACAAGGAAAACUUUCCAGGUGUACGAACAUAUGGAGUCCGAGAUGUCAACGAGACCUACGAUGUCUACUGUUUUGCAGAGAAAAUGUCAGGCAGAGUGUUUUACUCCUUCUCUGUGGACAAGUUCACAUUUCCAGAAGCUAAAGAUCAGUGUGCAAAGCUGGGAGCCCAACUGGCCACCACAGGUCAAUUGUAUCUGGCAUGGAUGACUGGCAUGGAUGUGUGUAACGCUGGCUGGCUAGCAGACAGGAGCGUGCGGUACCCCAUUAACAUACGUCGACCCCAGUGCGGUGGAGGCCUUUUGGGAGUACGAACUGUUUACCUGUUUCCAAAUCAGACUGGCUACCCCCUUCCAGACUCUCGCUAUGAUGCAAUCUGUUACCAUGAGCAAGAAGAGAAGGUUCCAACAAAGACCACACUAUUCCCUGAAACAUUUAUUACUACUACUGAAUCCACGUUCAGUGUGGCUACAGUCACUUUAAGCCCCACAGUGUACACUGAACAGGUGACCACACAGGGUGAGGUCCGUGGAGUGACCGAAGAGAUGAUCAACAUUACUGGUACAGAAGAAACCCUAUCGCAACCUCCCAAUGUUACUGAGACAAGCUCAAUUGUGGAAGAGGACGUGAUCGGAGCAGCCACUGCUAAUCCUAACCUGGGAUUCGAGUUAACCAAAGACAAUGUGACCUCUGGAAAUCUGUCUGACACAUUUGAGGAUGAUAUGGUGAAUGCUACAGGGACAGAUCUGACAACUAACAUGACAGAAACAGAGCUGCCUGGUCCUGCUCAUCCACUCGUCCCUCCCAUUUCUGUGAACAUAUCUGAAUCAGGCUCUGCAUCAGGUCAUCCUGACCACAGUUCUGGGGACAUAUCUGGAUCAGGCUCCGCAUCUGGUCAUCCUGACCACAGUUCUGGAGAUUUAUCUGGAUCAGGCUCCGCAUCAGUUCAUCCUGACCACAGUUCUGGGGACAUAUCUGGAUCAGGCUCUGCAUCUGGUCAUCCUGAAUACAGUUCUGGAGAUAUAUCUGGAUCAGGCUCCACAUCAGGUCAUCCUGACCACAGUUCUUUGGACAUAUCUGGAUCAGGCUCUGCAUCUGGUCAUCCUGACCACAGUUCUGGAGAUAUAUCUGGAUCAGGCUCCGCAUCAGGUCAUCCUGACCACAGUUCUGGGGAUAUUUCUGGAUCAGGCUCAGCAUCAGGUCAAUCUGACAUUUUUGAAUCAGACUCAGGAUCAGGUCAUCUUGAUCUCAGUUCUGGGGACAUUUCUGGAGUGGGUUCUACAUCAGGUCAUCUUGAUCUCAGUUCUGGGGACUUUUCUGGAGUGGGUUCUACAUCAGGUCAUCUUGAUCUCAGUUCUGGGGACAUUUCUGGAUUAGGCUUUACAUCAGGUCAUCUUGAGCUCAGCUCUGGAGACAUUUCUGGAUCAGGGUCAGCAUUGGGUUAUCAUCUUGAUCUCAGUUCUGGAUACAUAUCUGGAUCAAGCUCAGGAUCAGGCUCUCAUGAUUUGAGUUCUGGGGACAUAACUGGAUCAGGCUAUGCUCAUUUCAGUUCUGGAGAUAUGUCUGGAAGUGGGGAAAGAUCUGGUUCUGGCCAAAGUGGUGAAGAAUCUGGUUUUCCUGUGAGUUUUCUUGGAGGUGCAGACACACUCAUUUGGGGGACCUCUGCUUCAAAAACUGCUCAGGAGAGAAGAGAAGGUAGUGGUGGUUACAUUACUAUAGGCCCAGAAUCUGGACUCUAUAAAGAAGGAAGUUGGGCUAGUGGCCUUCCAUCAGGACUCGGUAGUGGAACUAGUGGUUUUGGAGCAAGUGGCCUUUCUUCAGGACUCAGCAGUGAAGUUAGUGGUUUAGGAGCAAGUGGCCUUCCAUCAGGGCUUAGCAGUGAAGUUAGUGGUUCAGGAGCAACUGGCCUUCCAUCAGGAUUUAGCAGUGAAGUUAGCGGUUCAGGAGUUAGUGGCUUUCCAUUGGGAUUUGGAAGUGAACUUAGCGGUUCAGGAGCCAGUGGCCUUUCUUCUGGAUUCGGCAGUGAAAUUAGUUGUUCAGGAACUAUUGGCUUUCCAUCAGGUUCCGGCAGUGAACUUAGCGGUUUAGAAGCUAGUGGCCUUCCAUCAGUAUUCGGGAGUGGAGUUAUCAGUUCCGGAUCAAGCGGCAUGUACAGUGGUGCUGACAUUAGUGGUUCAGGCUUAUUCAGUGUGUCAUUCUUGGACACAGAAAUGACUGAUCUAACUGCAAUACCAUCUGGAGAACAGGAAUUGUCUGGUGUUUCUCCAUUUAGCUUAAAAGAUGUUAGUGGUUCUGGCUCUGCUUCUUCAGCAUCUGGUUUUCCCAGUCACCCAUCAGGUGAUAUAUCUGGCCACCCUGAGAGAUUAAAUCGUAAGAUUGUGAUGCUAACAGAUGAUGAAAUCAUUGAGUUUGUCUCUGGAUCUACAACUAGAACGGAACAGGAACAGGGUCGUGGAUCUGUGGAGUUCAGUGGAGAGGUCAGUGGUCAUGAGUAUUCAGCUAUGGGCAUCUCAAUCUCUCCUAGUAACAUUUUAAGUGCCAAAAAUACAGAUGAUCUACCAGUAAUAGAUGAUCUACCAGUAACAGAUGAGGAAUUUCAUAGCACCACAAAUGUGUUUGAUGUCACUGAUGAGUCCCCAGUGGAAACCACACCUUCCACCAUUUCAGCAUUCAUUACUUCUCCUUCUGUCUCGUUACAACCACCAGAAGCUAUGAAGGAUCCAACUGUCACAGAGGUGCUACAGGGAUGUGCUGAGGGGUGGAUGGAGUUCAUGGGCAGCUGCUACAUCCACUUUGAUGAGCGGUUAACCUGGGCCGAUGCUGAGCAGCGCUGUCAGGAGCUAAAUGCUCAUCUGGUUAGCGUAUUUUCUCAGCAAGAACAAGACUUUGUCAGAACUCAGGCUCACAACUACCAGUGGAUCGGACUCAAUGACAAAGACGUGGAAAAUGAGUUUCGUUGGACAGACGGAAGCAAUUUGGAAUAUAGAAACUGGAGACCCAACCAGCCAGAUAAUUAUUUCAGCACAGGGGAAGACUGUGUUGUAAUGAUAUGGCAUGAAGAUGGCAGGUGGAACGACGUGCCCUGCAACUACCAUCUUCCCUUUACUUGCAAGAGAGGACCUGUCACAUGUUCAUCACCUCCUGAAGUGGAGAAUGCCAAGAUGUUAGGCAACCGCAAAGAUCGCUACCCUGUUAAUUCGAUCAUACGCUACCAGUGUAAUAGUGGAUUCACACAGCGCCACCUUUCUGUGGUGCGGUGCAUGACAGAUGGUCAGUGGGAGGAGCCUCAAGUCCAAUGCAUAGGUGAAACAAACAACAGGCUACGUAAAAGAUCCCUCAAGACACAUCCCAAAGCAGUCAACAGUCGGACAUGGAGGAAGACCCUCUAAACAAGAAAAAAGGCAAAUACUUCAAAAUAUCAAGAGGACUGUUUCAUCUGUAAAGAAGCCUUAUUUACCUUAAUGAAAUGUUGAAGGGACCAACCUCAUAUUUGGGUUUAUUUAAAUUAAAUUUAUACUUCCCUAUCUUUAAUUCGCAAUUGCUGAUACAAACAAAUCUAUUACAGACUGAAAUAAAAAAACUAUCUCCCCUUGAGUUUUAGUUGUAGAAACGAUUGUUACUUAAGCACCAUAAAAUAAAAGCAUAGUAAGGGCAUUAAAGGGUCCCCAUUGACUUCCAUAGUAUUUUUUUUCCUAUAAUGAAAGUCAAUGUGGUCUCUGAUCAGUUUUGUAACAACAAGAGAGUGAGUAAAUAAUGACAGAAUUUUCUUUCUUUUUUUCACUUUUCCAUUACUUCAAGUAUUUGUAAGAUUUUCUUUCAAGACACAAGGUGGCACUAUUGUCAACAUUUUUCCAUCCCCAUCCCAGAACACUACACUGUAAUUUUAAAAUCCUUGUAAUGAGAAAUAUCCUUAUAAGAAUUUUAGGUAUGUAGAAAUUAAAAUGGUUACUAAAAUCGUGAUACUCCCUUAUCACAUACUGUUUGAAUGUUAAUGUACCUUAACAUACUAUUUUAAAAUUUGGUUUAUCAAUUUGCACGUGUCAGCCAUAAACAAGUCACAAGAGGAACUACAAGAAAUGCUUAUACUUCCAUUAUAGUUGUUUGCAAUAUUAGCUAAAAAAUGCUUAAAUAAAAAAAUAGUAUGCUGGGGCACCUUUUGCAUACUAUUUCAAAACUUUACAAAUUUAAUAUAAUGCUACGCUACAGUAUUUACAAUAAAUAAACUCAUUCCUUUUGAGCACAAUGUUAGUCUUAAUAGAUAUACUGUAAGAUAGAUGUAGAUAGUAGAUAUAGGCUAAUAGAUAACAAGCGAAUCUCCCAGGACCAUAAAAGGUCACUAAACUUGAAAACCAGACAAAAGGCUUUAAUAUCUACAGCUGGAUACAGUUAAAGCACAUUAGUCUUUUAAAUUAUAUAACUGAGAUGUGUCUUUUUAUUUGUUUUGUUGUUCGUCGUAGUUUACAUGUCUAGUUUGACCACAGAGAGCAAGAUGUCUCUGUGAAACUGUGAAAGAUUAAAUCUCCCAGUCCUGUCUCAGCAUGCAUAAUAUAGACAAAGGUUUACUAAAACUGAAAGAAUAAAAUUUAAUUGUAAUUGUGGGAUCAUUCUGUCACUGGAAAACAACGAUUGCUUACGUUCAGUAUGAUUUAGUAGCAGUUAUAUCUUGUGCAAUGCAAUUUCUUUUUCAGUAGGUAUUAAUUCACUGGUGUAUUCAACUCAACUCAAGUCUCAAAACCAGACUACUAGAAGUUAAUAAAUAAAUGAUAGCAAUAUUAGAAAUGAGGGUGAUGAUUGGGUACAAUGCUGGAGGAAUUGUGUAGCUUCUACAGAAUAUCAUUUUAUGAUGAGCAGGCUUCUGCACUUUUUCCAUUUUGACAUCUGAAAGACAUUGUUUUAUUUUGUAUAGUAACAUUGAUAAGCAUCCAUAUUACAAUGACAGGAACAUGAGAAAACAUUUUACAUUUGCCUCUGUUUUGCUCGAUUUAAAUGUUUGCCUUUGAAUCCCUCGAAAUAAAUCUACUAAAUGUGUGUCAAUAAAAAUUAUUACCUCCUAA